UCGGCCUCGUAGUGUGGACGCGGCCGUUCGCGCCACAGCAUCGUCUGCUUGCCGGACGUCUUUCGCGUUUACUUCUUCAUAUUGGAGAGUUACUCCUCUACAUUUGCGGAGAAUAGUUUAUCAUACCCGGUUAUUUUCCGAUUUUAUCCUUUUUAGAUUAAAUUUCGUUUGGCAUUUUUGAGGAUUAUAUCGGAGACUUUUGAAAGCUACAACCCCUUCAGCAGAAUUGUCAAAAUGACGCCGCGUUGGGGAUGGGGAUUCUGUUUGAUCCUCCUAAUUAUAGCCUGCGAAGCGGGGCGUGACUUCUACAAGAUUCUAGGUGUUCCAAAAACUGCAAGUGUAAAUCAGAUUAAGAAAGCAUACAGAAAGCUUGCCAAAGAAUACCAUCCGGACAAGAACAAAAAUGAUCCUUCAGCAGAAGAGAAAUUCAAGGAAUUAGGAAAUGCAUACGAGGUGCUAAUUGAUGAAGAGAAGCGACAGAAGUAUGACAGGUGUGGAGAGGAAUGUGUGGCCAAGGAAGAUGGCUUCGGAGGAAUGGAUCCUUUCGCCAGCUUUUUCGGUGACUUCGGAUUUAGUUUUGGUGGUGGACAUCCCAGAGAGAGGGAAGUGCCAAGAGGUGGUGAUAUUACUAUGGACAUGAUGGUCACACUGGAAGAACUAUAUGUGGGAAAUUUUGUUGAGAUGGUGCGCAACAAGCCAGUCCUAAGAUCAGCAUCAGGCACACGCAAAUGCAACUGCCGUCAGGAGAUGGUGACAAGACAGCUGGGCCCUGGCAGGUUCCAGAUGACUCAGCAGCAAGUGUGUGACGAGUGUCCAAAUGUCAAGCUGGUGAAUGAAGAGCGAACUCUUGAGUUUGAAAUUGAGCCUGGCAUGGUUGAUGGACAGGAACAUCGUUUCAUUGGUGAGGGAGAACCCCAUAUUGAUGGUGAACCUGGAGAUCUUGUCAUUCGAAUCAAGACCCAGCCACAUGAAAAGUUUGAAAGAAAAGGUGAUGACCUGUAUACCAAUGUCACAUUGUCUCUUCAGGAGGCAUUGCUAGGAUUUGAGUUGGACAUUGAACAUUUGGAUAAGCACAAGGUUCACAUUGUACGAGAGAAACCCACGUGGCCUGGGGCUCGUAUCCGCAAGAAGGGAGAGGGGAUGCCCAAUUAUGAAAAUAACAAUCUAUUUGGUACUUUAUAUAUCACAUUUGAUGUAGAGUUCCCCAAAUCAGAAUUUUCACAAGCAGACAAAGAUGAGCUAUCAAGGAUAUUGAAUCAAGAAUCCAUAGGCCUAGUAUACAAUGGCCUAAGGGGGUACUGAUCUCAGCAAUAAACUAGGGCUUUUGUAUAUGUUGUUAUUAUAUUUAUGUGUGGGGAUUGUCUAAGAAUAAUAACUGAGAAUGAAUGGUCACUUUUGUGUGCAUUAUUUAGCACAUUCGACUUUUGUAGGAAUGAAGUUGAAAUUUCUAAGUUUAAAGAGAACACCACAAAAUUGCAGUACACAGUAUACAGUAACAUCUUUUUUCCCUUUAAUAUACAUCUUGGUACAAAAUUUGUACGAUUUUGUUGCUUUGAUAUCAGUAUCAAGUAAGUUAUUUUUUUAUUGCUUUGUUAAAUGUCAUUAUCAUCUAAUACUCUUUCUUUUAUAUGUCUUGAGAGAGAAGUAAACUCAGGUUUGAGGAGCAUAUACUUUUGUAUUUGGUAAUUGUUUCAUGAAGUCGGCACAAUGAAUGUCAUAUUCAUACAAGAGAGAAACAUACAUUUGCACAUUGUAUAUUUUAUUUUCCAUUAAUAUUAUUUUUAUCUUUAUUGUUAUUAUUGACAUCACAUAUUACUGAAAUUAAAGACUCUUUAUUUACAAAA